UCGAGCGGAGGUCGGGGCUCGGUCCCGGCUGGCGGAGGGUGAGGGGAGUCGGUGUGCGACCGCCGGAGGGGCUGCGGGAGAAGCAUGAGGGCGGUGCUGGACCUGCUGCUCUUCCUGGCCACGCUGCUCUACUCCUACCUGGAGGCGCUGCUGAAGCUCCUGGUGCCCGUGCGCAGGAAGUCGGUCAGCGGCGAGCUGGUGCUGGUGACGGGCGCCGGGCACGGCGUGGGCAGAGCCACUGCCCUCGAGUUCGCCAAGCGCCACAGCAGGUUGGUGCUGUGGGACAUCAACCAGCACGGCCUGGAGGAGACAGCAGCACAAUGCCAGAAGCUGGGAGCCACUGUUCAGAGCUUUGUGGUGGACUGCAGCAAGAGGGAGGAGGUCUACAGUGCUGCAGAGAAGGUGAAGAAGGAGCUUGGGGAUGUCUCCAUCCUGGUGAACAACGCUGGGGUGAUCACAGCUGCCGACCUGCUCUCCACUCAGGACCACCAGCUCCAGAGGAUGUUUGAAGUCAACAUCCUUGCUCACAUGUGGACCACCAGAGCCUUCCUGCCAGCCAUGAUGGAGGCCAACCACGGCCACAUUGUCACUGUGGCUUCAGCUGCAGGGCACUUGGUGACUCCUUUCAUGGUGGGUUACUGCUCCAGCAAGUUUGCUGCAGUGGGGUUCCACAAAGCCCUGACAGAGGAGCUGGCUGCCCUGGGGAAGGAUGGCAUCAGAACCACCUGCCUGUGCCCGGUCUUCAUCAACACUGGCUUUGUCAAGAACCCCCGCACCAGGCUGGGCAAGAUCCUGGAGGUUGAGGAAGUGGUUGAGGCCCUGAUGGAAGGGAUCCUGACCAACAAGAAGAUGGUUUUUGUGCCACCCCAGCUCAGCUUUGCUUUGCUCUCGGAGAUGCUGUUCCCAGAGCGUGCUCUGAACGUCCUGAAGAAGCUGAAUGAGGUCAAGUUUGAUGCAGUUGUUGGGCAGAGGAGCACCCACUGAGAAGUGCUUCUCCUUGCCCAGUGGCACCAGGGAAAAGCAGAAGGUCUGCUGAGGGUCCUUCAGCUCCUCUGCUUCCCAGCAGGAGCCAGGGAGCUGCUCCCAGGCCCCCAGCCCCAAAGCACACCCAAGGCUUCAUCCCCCAGCUGCAGCAGGGCCAAGCCUGCACCCCGGGGGCUGUUGCCAGGGCAAAGCUGCAGCUCUGGAGGUCCAAAGGGCUGCUGUGGCUGCACUCACAUCACCUCUGGUGCUGAGGCAGCCAGGAGCUGCUGCAGAGCCCCCUGGGGCCGGCACUGCUGCCUGCCUUGGGGCAGAGGGAUGGCCUGAGCAGAGCCUGGGCUCAGCCCUCAGCAGAGAUGCCUUGCAAGGAGCAAUGUGGAGAAGAGGAGGGAGGCCUCUUGCCCUCAGGUUGCCUUUUCAGCUCUCCCAAGGUCUGCUCUAAGGAACACUCAGCUCUGUGUGCUCUGGCAGUGAGUCCCUGCAGUGCUGCAGGCUUGUGCUGAAUGUAAGCCCUGGUGCCAUGGCCAUGCCCAGCUCUGCACUGGCACCACCAGCACUCCCUUUGCCCAAUAAAGGCACUUUUGUAACCCAAGGCUGUCUGCCAGCUCUGCAAGUGGGAAGCAGCCCCCAGCAAGGAUGGCAGAGCAGGGAAAGGGUCAGCCAGAGG